CUCAACUUGGACACCACACAGGGAGUCAUGAGCCGCUACGAGCGGGUCGCCGCAGAUGAAUCCGAGAAUAGCCCGAUACAGCAUACUCAUACGACCAUCCCUAACUCGCCACCGCCUUCAUUUCGGUCAUAUCCGUCCUCACGCCGCACAUCGAGACAUGAUAUCCGCCAAAGCGAGGAGGAGAGAGAUUUAGACGAUGCCUUCGAUGCGCCGUCCGACGAUGACGAGGCCGACCAAGACACCAGAGACCGACAGCGUCUUGUAAGAAAUAACGACAUAUCAUCACCGACGGACUCGAACGACGCGGCACAAUCGAGCGAUAUGGAAAGGCCCGAGCAACCUAGGCGUACAGUGACUGCGUUGCCUACUUUCGUUUCUGCGUCUUCGAGCGGACGGCCUGCGGGCAGCGGUCACGGAAAUGAUGGCGUGUUCGCAAAUUUGGCUGCGAAGCCGCACGUCGGCGAAGAGUUGGAGGAGAAGCCACCGACGUACGAGCAAGCUGCAGCUGAUGCCACACCACCUUACUGGGAAACGACUGUUCUAUCGCCAUAUCACAUGACUGGCGAUCCAAACGACGUAUUUGUGGACGGCCUCUUGGUUGGGUCCAUGUUCUCCUUCAUUUGGAACGCUCUCAUCUCUAUGUCAUUCCAGAUCAUCGGCUUCCUACUCACAUAUCUUCUACACACCACACACGCUGCAAAGCAUGGCUCCCGGGCUGGUCUCGGCAUCACAUUGCUGCAAUACGGCUUUCAAAUGCGAUAUUCGGCAAGCCUUGCGCCAGCAGAUCCUGGCAACGGAUCGCCUGUGGACGGAGUACCGGAUGAUCCAAACUCUCACGAUUUCAACCCGAGCGAAGUCACCAGCGCGACCUCAGCCGCAUUGUCGGCCAUGACGACUACCGAUUGGCUGUCAUACACUCUCAUGAUCGUGGGCUGGUUCAUUCUCAUCCGGGCGUUAUCAGACUUCAUGCGUGCUCGACGGCAGGAGGCUCUUGUCCGAUCAUCUCCUGAUCGCGGCCUGGGUACGGCGGUUAUCGCCGAGAACGAGAGACCAGAGUCUACCGUUUGAAAGGGUAUUUUGGGUUUGAGGCUGCAUAGGCGUUAUGGCGUGUUCCUCGGAUGGCAGGGAUUGAUACACGCCUGUCGCAUGGAAAAUGCUUCUUUUUAAUUGUGCAUUCUGCAGGUAAUGAUCACGGACACGAUUUCAGUGCAUUGCAACAUAGUUUACUUCAAUCAUUCAAACACUUUUUAUGUUUGCUAU